AUGGCCACGACAAUGGCCGCGCGCCUGGUCAGGAACAUGGCUAGGAGGACCAUGACCACAAUGGCUACCCCGACAGAGAACCUCAGCCAGCAAGUCGCUGCAACCACAGCACCAGCACAAGACUCCAACCUUUCAUUCCUCCCUCUACGCCUACGAAAUUUCUUCGCCAAAUAUCCUCCACAGCACUACUCAGCCGCCGUGGCACCCGCAUCUCGUCUCGCGGCCCCUGCCAACGCUGUCUCAAAUAGCAAUAACCCAAACACAUCAUCAGAAGAAAUAGAUCUUUCCUCAUUAUCACCUGAAGACCUGCCCACGCCAUACACUCCCAACCGUGAUGCAAAGGGCAACAAACGUAACCCCACCGCCUGGUCCGCCUCUAAAGCCAUUCUCUACAACGACUCGGAAUACCCAAACCCAUUCCUCCCUCAACCAUCCCCCAAUGGGAAAAAAUGGCGUUCCCCCAAGUAUGGGCUGAGACAACAAGCGGAUCUCAUCAAAAUGGCCAAGAAGUACGGUGUAGAACAACUACUACCUACGAGUCGGAAAUCGACAGUUUUCAAGGAGACGAGGCUCGCGGAACGAGGCCUCGCGAUUAAGGGUACGGGUAUUGGACAGAAGGUCAAGGGUCACAAGUGGGAGAGGACGAUGGAGACGAGGUUGGAGGAGAGGAAGAAGGCUAUGAUGGAGAUGCCGGAGUUGAUUCGGCAGUGGAAGCAGAGAGGUCACGGACGAGGAUGGAAGAAGUGGCCUAAACGAUCGGGUUGA